CGGUGUCUUGUGUAUAUUUCUCCACCAAGAUUCCAGCACAAAAUUGUACGCAUUGCAUCUAUCUUCAUAUAUUAGUACAUUAUUGCCACUACCUCACUCCUCAAUCUCUCUUUCUCACCCACUUUCCUCUUCCUCUUCUUCAUCUCCCUACAAUACCCCUCAAAGAUGAGAUCUUGAGCUGAGCAAAUCAACACUUGUCCAUUAUUUUCACAAUUCUGAAUAUUCUUGGAAAGUGUUGUUGUUUUAGCUGACAGUAUGUACGGGAGGGAUCCAUGGGGAGGGGCACUAGAGAUGAACGCAACAGAUUCAGCAACAGAUGAUGACAGGAGCAGGAACUUGCAGGAUUUCGAUAAGGCAGCUUUGUCAAGAAAUCUUGAUGAAACACAACAGAGUUGGUUAUUAGGACCAACAGAACAGAAGAAGAAGAAAUAUGUGGAUCUGGGUUGUCUUAUUGUGAGUAGAAAAGUCUUCAAGUGGACUGUCGGUUGUAUUAUUGCUGCUGCUCUCAUUGCUGGAUUUGUUACUCUUAUUGUCAAGACUGUUCCUAGGCACCGACACCAUAAUCCCCCACCAGAUAAUUACACUCUCGCUCUUCGUAAGGCCCUUAUGUUCUUCAAUGCACAGCGCUCUGGGAAACUCCCUAAGCACAACAAUGUAUCUUGGAGGGGGAGUUCAGGUCUGCAGGACGGCAAGUCGGAUGAUUCAACUAUGUUUAAGAAUUUGGUUGGGGGAUAUUAUGAUGCAGGAGAUGCAAUAAAGUUUAACUUCCCUCAAUCAUUUGCUCUCACUAUGUUAAGUUGGAGUGUGAUUGAGUAUAGUGCAAAAUAUGAAGCUGCUGGGGAGCUCAGUCAUGUCAAAGAUAUUAUUAAGUGGGGGACUGAUUACCUCCUCAAAACCUUCAAUUCCUCUGCUGAUACCAUUGAUCGAAUUGUUGCACAGGUGGGGAAAGGGGAUACUUCAGGAGGACCAGAUCCGAAUGAUCACUAUUGUUGGGUGCGUCCAGAAGACAUUGAUUAUCCACGGCCUGUAACUGAAUGUCACAGCUGCUCAGAUCUUGCUGCGGAGAUGGCUGCUGCUCUGGCUUCUGCUUCCAUUGUUUUUAAGGAUAACAAGGUCUACUCACAAAAGCUUGUCCAUGGUGCUAGAACUCUCUUUAAGUUUUCCAGGGAACAGCGUGGCAGAUACAGUAGCGGUAAUGAAGCUGAAAUAUUCUACAAUUCUACUAGUUAUUGGGAUGAGUUUGUGUGGGGUGCGUCCUGGCUCUAUUAUGCUACAGGAAAUUCUUCGUAUCUUCAGCUUGCUACAACUCCUGGUAUCGCCAAACACGCUGGUGCUUUCUGGGGAGGUCCUGAUUAUGGCGUGCUCAGCUGGGACAAUAAGCUCGCUGGUUCACAACUGCUUCUAAGCCGUUUGAGAUUAUUUUUGAGCCCUGGAUAUCCUUAUGAAGAAAUUUUGAGUACGUUUCAUAACCAGACAAGCAUAAUCAUGUGCUCUUUCUUGCCAUUCUUCUCUUCUUUUAACCGCACGAAAGGAGGGCUGAUUCAGUUAAACCAUGGAAGGCCUCAGCCUCUUCAGUAUGUAGUCAAUGCUGCCUUCCUGGCUACCUUGUAUAGUGACUAUCUUGCAGCUGCGGACACCCCUGGAUGGUAUUGUGGACCCAAUUUCUACUCCACCGAUGUCAUACGUGAAUUUGCACAGACUCAGAUUGACUACAUCCUUGGAAAGAACCCCAGGAAAAUGAGUUAUGUUGUGGGCUUCGGCAAUCACUAUCCAAAACGUGUCCACCACCGAGGUGCAUCAGUUCCUAAAAACAAGGUCAAGUAUAAUUGUAAAGGAGGAUGGAAGUGGAGGGAUUCAUCUAAGCCUAAUCCGAAUACUCUUGUCGGAGCUAUGGUUGCUGGACCAGACAAGAAUGAUGGUUUCCAUGAUGUUCGUACUAAUUACAAUUAUACCGAACCAACACUUGCGGGAAAUGCCGGUUUAGUUGCAGCCCUCGUGGCUCUAUCGGGAGAUAAAAGUGUUGGAGUCGACAAGAACACAAUAUUCUCUGCAGUACCACCCAUGUUCCCUACUCCACCGCCCCCGCCAGCUGCUUGGAGACCAUAAUUUGUUGAAUAUUACUUUUAUCAACCCCGUCUUGUAUGACCAUAGAUUCAUUUUUUUUUAUUUUUUUUUUAAUAAUGUGGUUGAUAUGGAUUCUGGUACCAAGAAGUUUGAAGCAAUAUGAAGGUCAAGAAACAGGAUGAGCACAUCGAACGUAUAGCUUGGGCUCAGCUUGGUCUAGAAUCUGGAUGUAGAACUCUUUUUUGAAGAAGUGCCCAACGGCGUGUCUGUUAUUUGCAAUGUAUCAAUAUACACAGUUUGUAUGUAUGUAACAAACCAAUGAUAUACUCAUUGAAAACUGGAACAUGAAACGGCCUCAAUUUUUGUUGGGUAAGCUUUCAAUUAAUGCCCCACAGUUAUGUGAA